AUUUUUGCAAGUGUAAUCAGCGGGGCUCUCUGCCAUGGCUACGACCACUUACAUGGGUGCAGGGGCAGAAAGUGGCGAGCCCCGAGCUGGUGCAGACGAAGACAGUGGCGGUGGUGGUGGUGGGAGGACCCCUUCCACGCCGACGGACACCAUGAACAUAGUCAACAGUCAAGGUUAUUGUGUGAGUAUGAGGGAAGACAUGAAGUACAUGCCGCCUCAGAAUCAGCAUCCGAUGCAUGCGAAUCCCUGGGUGGGACUCACCCAUGCCGAGCCGAGCCCCUGGGCACCCAUGCAUGCCCACCCGGGGAUACCCCAAGACAUCAAGCCUCAACACGGUGACAUGGGACUCCCGCGAACCCAUCAGGCGAUGACCCCUCCACAUUGGGGGCAUUCCACGUCUCCGUACUCCCAACAUCCGGCCUAUGCCAUGAAUGGGCUGAUGAGUCCGUCGGGUCCAGGUCCAGGACCAGGUGGAAUGUUGAGCAGGGAAUUCGCCCCCAUGAGAGACCCCCAUCACCAAGGUGCAGUGGGACCCGAGCACGAAGACGUGGAACAACCAUCCUCGGACGAUUUGGAAGUGUUCGCCAAACAGUUCAAACAACGCCGCAUCAAAUUGGGUUUCACGCAAGCGGACGUGGGCUUGGCCCUCGGCACCCUUUACGGGAACGUGUUCUCACAGACCACGAUUUGUCGGUUUGAAGCCUUGCAGUUGAGCUUCAAGAACAUGUGCAAGUUGAAGCCUUUGCUGCAAAAGUGGCUUGAGGAAGCCGAUUCCACGACAGGGUCCCCAACCUCCAUCGACAAAAUCGCUCAACAAGGCCGGAAACGCAAGAAACGGACUAGCAUUGAAGUCUCCAUCAAAGGGGCAUUGGAGCAGCACUUUGUGAAGCAGCCGAAACCGUCAGCGCAAGAGAUCAGCGCCCUGGCGGAGUCGCUUCAGCUGGAGAAGGAAGUGGUCCGCGUGUGGUUUUGUAACCGGCGGCAGAAGGAGAAACGAAUGACCCCACCUGUGGGUGGGAACCCGGCUGGGAACCCUGGAGGUAUGAGCACACCCGACGGGUUACCCCAUGGGUUACCUCCGGGUUUAGAGGCUACCCCGUAUCCUCACCACCCCUCCCCAUCCGGUCCCUUGAGUCCACCCAUGCUCUCCCCCUCUCAGCCCUUACCACCUCACACUUGUCAAAGCUCCUUAGUCUCUCACUAAGAAAAAAAAAAGAGGACUUUUUCCCGUUUUAUUCUUCCACAUGUGAUCCUCUCUCUCUCUCUCUCUCUCUGUCUAUCCUUUUCAUCCCUUGUGCGUCUCUGAAUGUGCCAAAACAACAUGAAAUACCUCAGAAAGAGAGAGAAGACGAAGAAAAAAAGCAUGAGAGAUUUUUUCUUGGAGGUCUUUCUAUGGCUCCGAAAAUCUCGUUUCCCCGUCAUUUCUACACGAUAUAAAAACCAGUGACAAUAAUUUUUCCCUGGUGUUGUGAAUGUUUGAGCAAGGUAUAAAUCCAGCUGCACACCAGACAGAAGGAAGACAGGCAGUGCAGAUGGAUCUUAUGAAUUCAGGCCAGUCAGAAGACGGCAUCAGUAUCCACGAAAAGCAUUCCCCAUCGUGAUAUUUUAGUUUAGGAUUCCAUCCCUUUCUUCUUUCUGUCCGUUUUCAUGUCUGAUUUCGUUUUCUUAUUCUCACCUCCUUCUUUCGAUUCGCCUGUCAUCCUGACGUGAUACCUCAGCUUCCUCCAUCAUUGCAUUUCCUUUUUUCUCCUUUUUUUGGCGUAAAAGCCUCGUCAACAUAGAGAUACCAUUAUUCGCAGUGUAGUUGGCACAUUUUAGACUUGAGUUGAUCUUCGUAAAACAAGGGAUAACUGAGGACUUGUUUCUCUUUUAUUCUCGGGGCAGAGGAAGUUGAGGAAUCAUGGAUGGAGUACUCGACAUGAAGUGAAGUGAAGAUGCUCAAAAGAAAACAUUCCUCACUGCACUGUGUCUCCAUGCAGGGCAAAAAACCCUUUCCUUCCUCCUCACCGUUGUUUGUGCAUCCUACGUACAACUACAAGCAUUCCUUUCCAGUUAAUUUCACGGAAAAAUAAUAAUGAUUGAAGUGAAGGAUAUUUGUUAUCCAAUCGAGGAUACUAGUCGGUUUAUUCCUGAUCCCCUUCUUUCAUUUUUGCAUGUAUAUACAUACAAGUGGUUCCCAUAUGUUGGAGGAAUCCUUAGACGUUCUUUUUUUUAUUUCUGCUAUCCAUGUUUUUCCCCCCCCCCC